CCUCAACAGGAUCCAGUGGACCGUCAGCAGAAGAUAAGGAUCAGGAUCUGUGGAACCCGUCUCACCAGUUCAGCCAGGCAGGGCCAACAGCAGCAGCUGCUGAGGAGCCUGGAGGAACUCCUUGUCCAGGACAGUGCUGCUGCAUUCUUCUCUCGGGAAGGAAGGGGGGUGAGGAGCUGUGGCUGAACGGCAGCCAUGCACCGCUUAAGGACUACAGUUGCAAGGCUUCGGCCUUUAACGGCUGCACAGACAGCCCAGAGCCUAUCACAGCCCAGGCCGUUGGCGGUCGAAGGGGGCUUAAGGACGUUUCAGCCCGCGAGGCGCUUGAACACAUCUGUGGCCGCUGAGCCGUUUCUCAAUGGCACCAGCUCCAACUACGUGGAGGAGAUGUACUAUGCAUGGCUGGAGAAUCCCAGGAAUGUGCACAAGUCCUGGGAUAUAUUUUUCCGUAAUGCUAACGCAGGGGCUCCGCCUGGUGCGGCCUACCAGAGCCCUCCACCCUUCGCUGGGACUUCUCAGGGACUGGCCAGUGUCCAGGCACUGGUGGGGGCUCAGCCCAACGUGGAGAAGCUGGUGGAGGAUCAUUUAGCGGUGCAGUCACUCAUACGAGCAUACCAGGUACGAGGGCAUCACAUAGCGAAGCUGGACCCGCUGGACAUCAGCUGUGUGGACUUUGACGAUGCCCCGUGUACCGUUGGUUUCCAGAACGUUGGUUUCUACGGGCUGGCUGAAUCCGACCUGGACAAGGUGUUCCGGCUUCCUACCACCACCUUCAUCGGUGGCAAUGAGAGCUCUUUGCCUCUCAGGGAAAUCAUACGCCGCCUUGAGAUGGCCUACUGUCAACAUAUCGGAGUCGAGUUUAUGUUCAUUAAUGACGUUGAGCAGUGCCAGUGGAUCAGGCAGAAGUUUGAGACUCCAGGAAUCAUGCAGUUCAGUCUGGAGGAGAAGAGGACUCUGUUGGCCAGGAUGAUCCGAUCCACCAGGUUUGAGGAGUUUCUCCAGAGGAAGUGGUCGUCUGAGAAACGCUUCGGUCUGGAAGGUUGUGAAUCGCUCAUCCCAGCCCUCAAGACCAUCAUCGACAAGUCCAGUCAGAGCGGAGUGGAGAGCGUGAUCAUGGGCAUGCCUCACAGAGGUCGGCUGAAUGUGCUCGCUAAUGUGAUCCGGAAGGAACUGGAACAGAUCUUCUGCCAGUUUGACUCCAAACUAGAAGCUGCAGAUGAGGGUUCUGGUGAUGUGAAAUAUCAUUUGGGGAUGUAUCACAAAAGGAUGAACCGGGUCAGCGACCGCCUCAUCACGUUGUCACUCAUGGCGAACCCGUCCCACCUUGAAGCAGUGGACCCAGUGGUGCAGGGAAAAGCCAAAGCUGAGCAGUUCUACUGUGGCGACACUGAGGGCAAGAGGGUGAUGUCUAUUCUGCUUCACGGUGAUGCUGCAUUUGCAGGCCAGGGCAUCGUGUACGAGACGUUCCACCUGUCUGAUCUGCCGUCUUACACCACCCACGGCACCAUACAUGUGGUGGUCAACAACCAGAUUGGCUUCACGACAGAUCCCAGGAUGGCUCGAUCAUCUCCUUACCCUACAGACGUGGCUCGGGUCGUAAAUGCUCCCAUCUUUCACGUCAAUGCAGACGACCCAGAGGCCGUGAUGUAUGUGUGUAACGUGGCAGCUGAGUGGAGGAACACCUUCCAUAAAGAUGUGGUCGUAGACCUGGUAUGUUACAGACGUAACGGCCAUAAUGAGAUGGACGAGCCGAUGUUCACACAGCCGCUGAUGUACAAACAGAUCAAGAAGCAGAAAGGCGUCCUGCAGAAGUUUGCUGAGAAAGUCAUUGCUGAGGGAGUCAUCACGAUGCAAGAGUAUGAGGAGGAAGUAGCGAGAUACGACAAAAUCUGUGAGGAGGCCUACGCUCGCUCCAAAGACGAGAAGAUCCUUCACAUCAAACACUGGCUGGACUCACCCUGGCCUGGUUUUUUCACCCUCGAGGGUCAGCCUAAAAGUAUGAACUGCCCUUCGACUGGCAUCAGCGAAGAGGAGCUCGGCCACAUCGGAAACAUCGCCGCCUCUGUUCCUGUUGAAGAUUUCACCAUACAUGGAGGUUUGAGUCGGAUCCUAAAGGGUCGCGGCAACAUGGUGAAUCAGCGGGUGUGCGACUGGGCUCUCGGGGAGUAUAUGGCCUUUGGUUCUCUGCUCAAAGAAGGGAUCCAUGUGCGUCUCAGUGGACAGGAUGUGGAGAGAGGCACAUUCAGCCACCGACACCACGUUCUCCACGACCAGAACGUGGAUAAGAGGAUCUGCAUCCCCAUGAACUACAUCUCCCCUGACCAGGCUCCGUACACUGUCUGCAACAGCUCUCUGUCUGAAUAUGGAGUUCUAGGUUUUGAAUUAGGCUUCGCCAUGGCCAGUCCCAACGCGCUGGUCCUGUGGGAGGCCCAGUUCGGAGACUUCCACAACACGGCUCAGUGCAUCAUCGACCAGUUCAUCAGCUCGGGCCAGGCCAAGUGGGUCAGACAGAACGGCAUCGUGCUGCUGCUUCCUCACGGCAUGGAGGGAAUGGGUCCAGAGCAUUCGUCGGCCCGUCCUGAAAGGUUUCUCCAGAUGUGCAACGAUGACCCAGAUGUUUUCCCUAAACUGUCGGAGGACUUUGCAGUGCGUCAGCUCUACGACUGUAACUGGAUCGUUGUCAACUGCUCGACUCCUGCAAACUACUUCCACGUCCUCCGCAGACAGAUCCUGCAGCCGUUCAGGAAGCCUCUGAUUGUGUUUACACCCAAGUCGUUGUUGCGCCACCCUGAGGCCAAGUCCAGCUUUGAUGACAUGCUGCCAGGCACACACUUCAAACGAAUCAUCCCAGACGACGGAGCUGCAGCCUCCGGCCCAGAAAAGGUGAAGAGAAUCAUUUUCUGCACCGGGAAGAUCUACUACGAACUGACCCGGGAACGCAAGAACAGAGGCAUGGACGAGGCUGUAGCUGUAGUCCGCAUCGAACAGCUCUCACCGUUCCCCUUCGACCUGGUGAAAGCAGAAACCGAUCGAUACCUGAACGCUGAUCUGGUUUGGUGUCAGGAGGAGCACAAGAACCAGGGCUACUAUGACUACAUCAAGCCCCGCAUCCGCACCACCAUCAGCCGCACCCGCCCCGUCUGGUACGCUGGUCGUGAUCCUGCAGCAGCUCCGGCCACCGGGAACAAACAGACUCACCUGAUGGAGCUGCAGCGUUUACUGGACACGGCGUUCGAUCUGGAGGCGUUCUCAGGAAAAGUUUAACAGCUCGUCCACACCUCCCUCCUCCCUCCUCCCUCCACACAUCAGUCCUCUCUCUGCCUGCAACAUUUUGCAAUGAUGUGUUUUUUCCUCAGACUCUUCACAUAUCAGACCUGAUAACAGGUGUAAUCUAAACGCACAAUGACUUUAACACUGUUACCAAGAAGACCUCAUGUUCACAGUGACGGACGCUAGAACAAAAAAAAAGAGAGAACCUGCAUUGAAUGUACGACUUUAUAAAAAAAUCUCAUUUUUAAGACAUUUUAUUUGUUUUUAUUUUAUCAAUCACAAAAUCAUUUCCACAUGCUCUGCAUGUCCAGAAUCCUUCAAAAACACGGUUAAUAAUCACAAAUAUUUGAUUUCAUCUGAUGAUUUCAUCAUUUUCAUAGUAAUGAUACACAUAUUUAAAGAAACAGUCACGAUAACACCCUCUUAUCAGACUGGAAACAGCUAGCCUGACUGUCCAAAAGGAAUAAAAUCAGACAGCACAGCUAAAGAUCAAUAAUCAACAAGUUAUAUCUGAUUGAUUUAUCUGCUCAAAAACUCACAGUGUAAAAAUGACAGUUAAUAGUUUUACAGGAGGUUUUUUUGAGCUUUAAAGGUGCGGGAGGGCGGAUAUUUGUAAACUUUGCACAGAGCUAGGCUAGCUGUUUCCAUCUGUUUCAAGCCUUUAUGCUAAGCUAAGCUAACCAGCUGCUGGUUGUAGCUUCACACUCAACACUACAAACAUUAGAGUCUUAAAAAAUGUCAAACUGUUCCUUUAAACUGGAUUUUCAGUGAUGACAUCAGACCUGACAAAGCUGCAAUGCAUCAUAACCUGAAACAAUAUUUCUGAAUGGUAUUUAAUUAAGAUUUAAUACAAAAUAAAUGACAUUUUGAAACAAAACAUUUUGACAGAAUUCAUGCAGUGACUUUAAAAUGACGGAGGGGUUUUACCUCCAUGUUUUCAGAGGAGAGGCCUCUGUUUCUUCCUGCAUUUACAUUUCACAUUAACUCUCCUCUCUUCAGUUUCUUUCCCUUAUUUUUCUCAAUUUUUCAUACAUUCUGCUUUAAUUUUUAUUUAUUCCUCCCUCCGGCGUUCAACUCACCGUCCCACCUCAUCACUGUAAACGUCUCCGUCUGUGCCAAAUGUAACAGAUUACUUGUUUCAUUUUAAUACAAAUAAUGAAAAAAAAUAAAUUGCCAGUAAUGGUAGUGACUUGUGUAAAGACAUGACAAGAAUCCUCAGCUCCUCAGAUUUGAAGGAUGUAUUUAUUUUCAUAUGGUGUUCCAUGUUUUAUUGUUUUCAGCAAAUAAAGGUUAAACUUCCUGUUGAA